AUGGGUAAAUCAACGAAAGACAAACGCGAUAUUUAUUAUCGAUUAGCAAAGGAGCAAGGUCUUCGAGCGAGAUCUGCUUUUAAACUUCUGCAAAUCAACAGUGAAUUUAAUAUUCUCAAUGACAAUGUCAAACGAGUCGUUGAUCUGUGCGCAGCGCCUGGAAGUUGGUCGCAGGUACUUUCUCGUACCUUGUACAAAACAGAUGCGGUUGACAAUCAAGUGAAAAUCGUUGCCGUCGACUUGCAAACCAUGGCUCCGUUGCCUGGUGUUGAACAAAUCAAAGGUGAUAUCACGAAACGGUCAACAAUUGAAGAAAUUCUCGACCGGUUUAAAACAUCCGAUGAGAAGAUUAAUAAAGCCGAUCUUGUCAUUUGUGAUGGCGCACCUGAUGUAACCGGUCUACACGAUAUCGAUGAGUUCGUUCAAGGCAAUCUCGUCCUAGCAGCGUUGAAUAUCUGUUUGCAUGUCUUAUGUGAAAACGGCAAUUUUGUAUCGAAGAUUUUUCGCACGAAAAACAUCGAUCUACUCUAUCAACAAUUAAAACUAUUUUUCGACGAUGUGGUUAUUGCGAAACCCCGGUCAUCGAGAAAUUCAUCUGUAGAAUCUUUUAUUGUUUGCCGACAGUUUCAUCUACCAGAUAAUUUCAUUCCUAACAUCGAUGAACCGUUUAUUUAUACCUACGAGCGAACAUUGACGAAUCAAGAGAAAUCUUCGUUCGUUGUUCCAUUUAUUGCUUGUGGAAGUCUCGAUGGAUUCGAUUCGGAUAAGACAUAUCCCUUAGAACAAGAAUAUAUCGAACCGAUUCAACCGCCAAUUCAUCCCGCUUAUGAAGAAGCUUGUGCUUUGAAGAAAACGAAAAAAUUACCGAUUUCUUCGUCAUGA